AAGCCGAGGGACGCUGGGGGCGGGAUCUUUAACCAACUGGGCGCUUGUCGUCAACACAACAAACUUGGCGUAUGCGAAGACUGGUCACGAAGACUGGUCACAGCCCUGGCCGGCGAGGGAGGUCAGUCUGAGACAUUUUAAGGGCUUGAAUCCAUUUGAGUGGCCGGUGUUGUUGACGGUUGACGAAGCAACUUUGUAUUUCAAGUAGAAACAGUCGAAGAGUGCCUGCGUUGACUGACUGCGGACGUGUUGCUGUAGUCUGACUUCCCCGCCUUGUGUAUAUCUACAGUGAGAAACGGCUUCACCCAAGAGACAUGUUCAACAUACCUAAUGAACUGUCAUGCGAGUUCCCACUCUGGCGUGAUUAAUAUUCCAUGACGUGCAGUAUAAAGCGGACGUGCUGGGCCGUUGGUGGAUGGGAACAGAGCCAUGUCAGGAUUGGGACACCAGGCGGGGCUACUGGUGUUUCUAGUGGGCCUGCUACAGGUGACUCUUGGAUUACAAACAGUCGACGAAGAGCUGCCUCCCCUCGUGACGGAGUCCACUGAAAAGCUUCUGAUCCGGGACCUACUGACACGUUACGAGGACUUCGGCAAACAGGGCCGGCCUGUGUACAACUACCACGACACACUCAGGGUGAACUUCAGCCUCUCUCUCAUACAGAUACUAGACGUCGAUGAGAAGAACCAGGUUCUCAAGCUCAACAUAUGGUACCAUUAUAUUUGGACGGACCUGCUGCUGACAUGGGACCCCACCCUGCACGACAACAUCACCAGUGUCAGGGUACCGUCAGACAAAAUAUGGCUUCCAGACAUCUACCUGUACAAUUUCGCUGACGACCGUCUUCGAGAACAACGAGAGGCUCUGGUGGUGGUUCAGCACAAUGGGGAACUCCUGUGGAUGCCACAAGCUAUUCUCAACAGUUCCUGUUCUUUUGAUACUCUGUUAUUCCCCUUUGACUCGCAAAAGUGUUCCUUGAAGUUCGGUUCUUGGACCUAUCACGGACAGAAGGUUGAUUUGGACUUUGUGGCAGGUCAGAGCGCGAUGGACGUGAGCGACUUCAUGCCGAGUAACGAGUGGGACCUCAUUGACAACUAUGGCGCGCGGAAUGUCAAGUUCUACACUUGCUGUCCAGAGCCGUACCCAGACCUGUUGUUUACACUUAAAAUACGCCGGAGAGUAGCAUUCUAUACAUUUAUCCUCAUCCUGCCCUGUGCCCUGCUGUCCCUCCUGACUCUCGUCAUCUUCUGGGUGCCGCCUGAAUCUCCGGCCAAGCUUCAGCUGGGUAUGAACAUCUUCCUGGCCUUCUUCGUGCUGCUUCUCCUGUUGGCUGACUACACCCCAAGGGCCGCAGCAUCCAUACCCCUUAUAGGAGCAUACUUCUGUCUGAGCAUGGUGAUGAUCACGUUGUCGACAGUGCUGGCCUGCGUCAUCGCCAACAUGUUUUUCCGGGGUGUUCGGAUCAACAGGGCUCCUCGGUGGCUUCGUUCGUUUAUAAUCGACGGCGUGGCGCGGCUGAUGAACGUUCGCCAUACCUUCCAAGAGUCUCCCCGAGAUUGUACAACACCCAAAAAGACCUGGUCAUCGUUUGUGGAUAAUCAGACUGACCAAUCGGAUCCGGAGUUAGCCUUUGCUCGAGUAAACCUUCUGGACACGGGAGGAGACUCCCGUUCAGAUAUCUAUGGUGGAGAUGGGUCUUCGCUUGGGGCGUCUCCUGCCCGCCAGAUGGCGCGACAACCGUGCCCGAUUUUGGAGCAGGUCAGCGGAAUACGUGAACACAUGGACAAGACGCGAGACGAGAAGAAAACCAAGGACACAACUGACAGCAAUGUGCGCGAGUGGAGAGUCAUUGCAUGUGUGGUGGACAGAUUGUUUUUUAUCUUCUACGUUAUUGUCAAUGCCAUCGGACUUAUUGCAAUUAUACUGAGAGGUGUAUUUGUUUGAGAGAUAAGACAACGAUUGAGAUCUGGUUUUGUGAAUACUACCAGUCGCACCAAUUGCUUCCUGAUGGUUGUAUAUGAGAUAUAACACAAGGUGAUAAUGUGAUACCAGUGUCAUCAGAUUUAUCGGUCGUAUUUCUGAGUGGUGUUUUUGCUACAGUUAAGGCGAUAUAUGACUUCAUGAAAUCAUCGACCGAGUCGAGACUUCUGAAGGGUUGCUUGAGAUGGAGGACACACUUGAACUGGACAUGCCUGCUAAUACCUGUGUUGUACAAUUUGCUACAGCUGUGUGGUAGUAGCAACAUUAUGCAAAGUCACAUCCAUCUACAUGUGCUAUCUGUCCCCAUACCCACCAGCAUCAUGCCGAUAUAUCUACAUGUAUCUACCUUCAUCAAGGUGUCUCUCACCAUCAGCAAUAUCCACACAGCAUCUCUCAAUGCAGAAAAGUGCAUCCGACCGAAGACAGCUGAUGGUGUUAUGCUUACAACACUUCCAGCUAGCAACCGUCUGAUAUAAGACACAGCGAAAAAAGUACUUACCUCAGAGUCUUUCCAUUCAUGAAAAAAUGCUUUACGAAGAUGACUUUUUAGGCCAUCAGCAGCAUGUCAAAUCUCUCUGCUUGUCUCGAAAUACGAACAUGUUUCAACUGUCCACGGUAUUCGAGUUAAUGAAGUUUCACUGUACUUCUUUAACUUUCUGUAAUUAUCCUGGAAUAAUGCCAAACAUCGAUCAUCAGCGUGUACUAUAUUUAUCUGUGAAUAUUUGAGGCAAAUCACUAACAUAUCCCCGCUGUAUAUACACCGAGCAACAGCUGUUUACUCCGUAGAAAAAAUUGAAUUGAUUUAAGUCUGAGUAAAGAUUUAGUAAUUAUGUUUGCCAAGUGUGAUCAUGGUGUAAUGAUAUAAUUUAAUAUUGAUAAAUCAUCCUGUCCCUUUGAUAGGUUCCAAAGUCCCCUGUAGAACGUCUGGCCAGUGUGGACACGGGCACCUGUUUGCUCCAACCCCUUUUCCCACAUGUGUAUACCAUGUGCUACCCAGCAUUCGUUUUGUUUACCCUUCUGUGCCCCAAUAUGACUUUUAAGUGAACAAGUGUAUAUUGUCCGAUAGACCUUAUCAAGAUUUUGGUGUUUCAAAUAGAUGUGAAGAUGAUUCCCCCACAUUUCAUUCAUGGAAUUCUGUUUAUGAAAUGUACCAACAUGUAUGACCUAAAAUAUAGAUGGAAUGUUACAUAUUAUCGUAUUCGUCUUGACUUAAUUCAUAUGCAUCCUCAAAAAUGUUCGAAGUUUGCUAUUUGUAGUUACAGUAUAGUACGGUUAUAACGAAUUCGUCGUAACUGUAGUCCCUUAUAUGCUUUUCGACUGAAUACACAAUAAGUCAGCAUGUGGUCGGAACAAAAAGAACCAAAACAGCAAUUUAGUUAUAGUCGUGUUCGCUAUGACCGUCUUUCACUGUAUCUACAAUUUGACAAACCGUCUCGCCACCUUGUGUACUGCUGCGAUAUCCGUGACGAGCACAUUGCUUUGUUUUGCAUUAAUAGCGAAAGGAAAGAGGGAGUCUUGUGUCACAGAUCUGCCUUUGUAAUACCAAUAAUGUCUGUUUAAUACUGUAUUUUGUGACAUAUUCAGUAUUAUCUGGAUAUUUGCAGGUCAUAUUUGACAAAGUGUGCUGAAACAUAAAUACGCAUAAACAAACAUCUUUUGAUGUCA